AUGACCGAUAAAGAAAAGAAUAAUUCUUCAAUAUCAAUAAAUAAUGACGAUCAACAACAACAAAAUGAUAACCUUGAAGAGAAUAAAAAAACGUUAGUUGUUGAUAUUGACGAAAAUAAUUCGAUUAAUUCAAAAAAGUUAACUCAAGAAUUAACAACCACUAAAGAAAAUGAAGAUGAUCCUUUCCUUUGGCCUAAAAAGAAAAAAUGGAUUAUAUUGUCUGUACUUUCUUGCGGUGCUAUUAUUGCUCCAAUUUCAAGCACUAUAUUUUAUCCCGCGUUUUUAACUGUUCAAGAGCAACUGCAUACGAGUGACAUACUAGUAACCACAUCAGCCGCGGUCUUUCUUAUUUUUCAAGGCAUAGGACCAUUAGGAUGGGCAACUUAUUCUGAUUUAAAACAUACUCGUAGAAAUGUUUAUCUCGCUUCAUUAGUUCUUUUUAUUAUAGCAUCAAUUAUAUGUGCUGUAUCAAAUAACAUUUGGUUAUUGAUUGUAGUUAGAUGUUUACAAGCAUGUGGUUCAAAUGCUUUACAUGCAAUUGGACCUUGUACAAUAAGUGAUAUGUUUGUUCCUGAAGAACGUGGAAAUGCAUUCGGAAUUUUUUAUUUAUUCCCACUUAUUGGACCUUUAUUUGGUCCAACUUUUGGAGGUUAUAUCACACAAUAUCUUGGCUGGAGAUGGAUAUUUUGGUUAAUAGCGAUAUUAGCAUUUAUAGUAUUAAUAUUUAUAUUCCUUUUUGUUCCUGAAACGUAUCGUAAACAUAAAAAUCUUUCUCCUCCUUCAUCAGAUUCAUCUCCUCCUACUAAAAGAAAAUUUAUAAAUCCUUUAGCUUCUUUGAUUCUUUUUAGAUAUCCAAAUUUAUCUAUAGUAUUAUCUUACAUAUCACUUUUUCUUUCAUUGAUUUAUAUUCAAGCGGCAUUAAUACCAAGAGAAUUUAAUAGGAUUUAUCAUUUAUCUUCUUCACACACUGGUUUGGUAUUUUUAUCUCCAGCUGCUGGUUAUAUGUUUGGUAGUGUUUUGGGAGAUGAUAUAAUUAAUUUAUCAUUGAUUAAAAUUGAACCUGAAAGAAGGAUUCAUGGAACUUGGUUAGGGGCAAUUAUCAUACCUAUAUGUUACCUUGCGUAUGGAUGGUUAUUAGAACAUAAAGUUCCCGUAAUAUUUCCAAUAAUCGUCAUGUUUUUUGGUGGAUUCGGUCAAUUACUUGCAUUUAAUCCAAUAUAUACUUACUUGGUAGAUUCAUUUCCAACAAAAUCAGUUUGGGUAAACGCAAAUUUAACAUUUUUAAGACAAAUGAUUGCUGGUAUAAUGUCAAUAUUAUCAGUACCUAUGGAAGAUAGUUUGGGUACAGGUUGGACUUUUAGUGUGAUUGUUUUCUUAUAUAUUAUAAUAACUUUACCGGUUAUUUCUGUUUUAUUUAAAGGUAAACAAUGGAGAUCAAAAUUUAGAAAUGAUUUUAAUAUUGAAGAUGAUAAUAUUUAUAUUUAA